AUGAAUGUCACUCUACCGACGAGAAUGGUGUCACUGGACCCAGAAUUCUACCAGUCUCCAGUGACCAUCGGACUCGGUACUAUCCUCGCUGCGAUCCUAAGUCUUUUUGCCUUCGUUUCCUACACACCUAGAGUUGACAAGAGGGUGCCAAAAUUCACAAGCGACACAUACCCGUUCAUCGGGGCUGCCAAUUUCAUGUGGCGCAAAGGUCAAUUCUUGAAAGACUCCUUCAAAGAGUCUAAGACUGGCCACUUCAGCUUUUGGGUUGGCAAGAAACAUGUUGUGGGUGUCAGUGGAGAGGCUGGCCGCAAAGCGUUUCUGGAGGGCCCUGGCCUUGACUUCGUCCAAGGAUCAGGUUUACGUGGAGUUGGGCUACGCAAAUUAACUCCAAUUCCUGAGAUCUUUAAGCCCAACUUUCACAAUGGCCGUAGCUAUUUUCUGCGCCGUCUCAUCGACAUGCAAAAAUCCGAGGUGUUGAGAAACCAUCUUGCUCGUCUUACCAGCGACACUCGCAAAAUCUUCCAAAGUGCGCUGGCCAAAGACACGACAGGUGUAACCAACCCAGCCAUUACUUGUGCGAGGAUCGUGUAUACACAUGACAUGCUCUUAUUUUGUUGCCAGGAGAUCGCCGACGACACGAAGAUUUUCGAAGAGCUUUUCGAGAUGUACAACACUAUGCAAGCUGCCAGUAGCUUCAAAGCUGUGUUCUUCCCUUGGAUACCAUCUACAGACACCCGGAAACGGGCAGAGAGAUUGAAAUACCUCCAGGAUUUAUUCGACCCAGUAGUCGAGAGGCGCAUGAGAGGAAUCACACCUCGCCAGGAAGACGGCCUACAAUUCAUGAUUGACAGUGGUGACAAGAAGGCCAACAUCGCUGACUUCUUUGUCAGCAUUAUCUUCAUUGCUCCAACCAACUCUCGCAUUCUUAUGGGCCAGAUGUUGCACAAUAUGGCCUCUCACCAAGAGUGGCAGGAAAAAGUCCACGCUGAAAUCAAGGCUGCCGCAAAAGCUCAUGCAAAGAAUCCAAACGCACCCUUGGUCGAACAACUCGAUUCUCUGCCGCUUGAUGUCUGGGAAACCAGCUUCCCUACACUGGAUAUCUGCUUCAAGGAGGCAAUUCGCAUGUGGGUUGUCUUCUCUAUGAUGCGCAAGAACAUUGGAUCCACCCCAAUUGAGCUUCCUGGUAGCAACGAGGUCAUCCCCGCAGGUAGCUACGCUAUUUACAACACAGCAGAGAUACAUCUUAACCCAGAGCUAUAUCCCGAACCUACGAAAUAUAAGCCCGAACGGUGGCUGCCUGGUAACGAUUACUACAAGAAGGUAACUUAUGGAUUUAUUGGCUGGGGCGAUGGUCGGCACCCUUGCCCAGGAAAGCGUUGGGCGAAGUUGCAAUCGACUAUCACUGUCGCAUACGCCCUAGCAGGGUGGAAGUGGAUGAGUAUCGAUGAUGGUAUUGCAAACAAGUCUAGUAGUGACGGAGGACACGGUACUGUUCUCUCCGGCAAGCUUCUCAAGUUUGUUUCCAGAGACGAGUAG